GGUGAGUCCGUCGAGGGCGGUUGUUAGCUGCGUAUUCUGAUAACGCUCGGAUGCGCUAAACUCGUUGACUAACAUUCGAAGUUUGAAUUUAAAUGUGAAAGAAGUUUUUAAUCUGUCUGAAAACCAGUAGUGCAACUAUGAACUUUGUCUACGUUUAAGAUAAAAAUCGCUUCAAUGUGAAAGAGAACAAAAAUGGACCUUAAAUAUCUGAUCCUAAUGAUCGCGUUCGCGACUGUAGAAAUAAACGUCACGGAGAGUCGACAAAAUGAUAAAAGACGCUGGAAAAAUGACAAAAGCUACUCGCACUACGUCAACAUUUGCGAUAUUCAAGAUAGAGUGUCUAAAGUACAUUGCUACUGUGAGAGCAUAAAGAUAAAAACCGCCACAAAAGCGGAUUGUUGGGUUUUCAACGGUGGCAUCGCUGAAGACGAUCCCUUUUGGUCAAAUUUUUAUUCACAACCGAAAAUAGAAAAGUUGACUUUCAACGUGCGCGCCGACGGUGGUCUUACCUAUAUUCCAGCAAAAGUGAUAGUCCGCCUGGAACAUCUUCAAUACAUAAACAUUCAGUAUGCGAAUAUUUUUAGUAUACCCUCGUUUGCAUUCACCAACUCGACUACACUCAGAGAAAUCACUUUGCCGAAGAACAAAAUAGCGAAGCUCGAAAAGAUGGCGUUUGCUCAUCUGAUAAUGCUGUCAAACGUCAGCUUAGUGGAAAAUCAGAUAUCGGAAUUGAAUGCCGACGUAUUUUAUGUCCUUCCAAAUUUGCAAAGGUUGUAUUUGUCAAAGAAUACAAUAACAGUUUUGCACGAUGGUUGUUUCAAGCACCUGAGCAAUUUAAUAAGAUUAGAUCUUGACAACAAUCUGCUGACUGUUGUCGUUAAAGAGAACUUCCAAGGACUGUCUAAUUUGAUUACGUUAGAUAUGAGAAACAACAAAUUAGAUAUGAUAGGGGACCUGGCGUUAGCGGAACUUUGGAGUCUUCAAGAACUUUACCUGGACGGUAAUGAAAUAGAAUAUAUAUCCGAACGAGCCUUUGGAGGCCUAAACCAAUUGAGGAAACUUUCUUUAGUCGAUAAUAAGUUGUCGGCACUAGAUGAUGGCGUGUUCAAUGAAAAUCUCAAGUUAAAUUUUUUGGACUUAAGAAAUAACAACUUGGAGACAUUGCGAGUGGAGGCGGUUCAAGACAUUUUGGAAAACAUGAAGAUGAAUUAUGCUUUAAUCUCCCUCGAUGGUAAUAGACUGAGCUGCGACUGUCGUUUGGCUUGGCUGCAUAAGCUGAAGAAUGAAACCAAAAGCAAACGUAUCAAAGUAUCAUUUAAUCGGCUAGUUUGCAUCAUGGAUAACAAAUUCAAAAACAACAUCGGGUUGAAAAUAGAAAAAGUUGAAGUUCCCCAAAAGACCAACCCGCUUGUAUACAAAAAAGAUUACGAAAACGAAGAGGACUUUGAUGAGGACAAAACUUACGAUGACACCAUGCAGGAUCAGGAUACUGAAUUCGAUAGUUCUAAAAUUGAGUAUAGGAGGAAACUAUUGGAAAUACCGUCUGAAAUGCUCCCAUGCCCGAAUAAACUUAGUUAUGAGGCUUCUUAUUCACCCCCUACACAAGAUGAAGUUAAAUAUUACAAAACAUCCUUAAGUUCAACAUUAAGAUCUUGCACGUGGAUGACUUUGGUAGCCAUUGUGAUUAUUUUGUAGCAACUGAAGCGCUUUGGCACGACGUAAAUAAGAUCUGAAUCAUGCUCCGGUUAAGUUCUUAUUGUUUGAAAUCAGUAUUGAUGAAUGAGUUUGUUUUGUGUCUAGUGAUAAAUUUAAGAAUGAAAGCAUUUUCUACUUUCAAAGACUUUAGGAUCGUAAAAUUAGUGAUACGGUUGUACUUGGAAAUGUCAAUUGAGUUAUAAGUUUGAUUUGAGCUACUGCUGUUACUUUCUUGCGAAGACAACUGAAUAAGGUCGUGCUCCCUUUGGAUUUGUAUCGUACGUUAAUGCAUGAUCGUGGUCGUACGAAUUGAUUGACACUUAAUACGUUUUUCUCCGUCAAAUACGUAGUAUUCCGGUGAUAUCACGUACGUGAAGUCAACUUUGGUUUGAAUGCGUUUAAUAAUCUCGUGCGUUUAAAAUUCUCUUUUAACUCUGAGACUGCAAUGGCGGCGUCUUCGCUGUCGCAGAAGCGAAUGAGUGCAUGAAAUAUAUUUAAGUAGUAUUUGCGUCAUACCUUGCGGUGUUGAUUACGUAAGUGGAAAUUUGAAUCCCACUUUGGUCCCACAAACAUUUAUGCUCAUAAAUUAAGUAAAUAUUUUUUUCUUUAUCAUACGCACGUAAGUGUUUUAUAAUCCAACAAGUUUAGAUUGUUUUCGGACCUUAGAACUUCUUGUUACGUACGACUAACUCGCAUCCAGUGUAUUUGGCCUAAGACAACAUGUCACUUGCUGAAGGAUUAAAUUUAAAUUUAACUAACAUUUCGAAGUACCGCCGAUAGUCUUUUAGUGAUUACCUAUUUUUAAAUGAUAUGGACCCAAUUUUAGUCUAAUGUAAAUAGGGUGUUACGAAUAAUAUGUAAAUAAUCCUAAGUAAACUUUGUAGUCUGCUAAGUUAACUAGUUGUAAUAAAGUUACAAGACGUUCAAAGCUCAUUAGAUUCACAAAUUAUUAUUUGUACCUUCCUGAAUCAUCUUUGAAUAUCACUUCUACACGAUUUCAAAACAAUGACAAUUCAAGCGUUAAAUUAUUAAAAAUAAAGACUUACACUUCAUAUGUGCACUGCUUCAGUAGAUAAACUCAAAAAACAAGGCCAGGUUUUAAUUAAAUACAGCCACGAGUUAAUUUUUCGAUUCGUAGCAUAUGAACCUGUCCAUCAGUUGAAUGGGAAAGUAAUUUAAUUUCCAUAGUUUGCUCUUGCCAUAGUAUAAUUGAGUAUUAAAUUUUAUUAAAUUAUUCGUUCUGGUUGAUGCUCAUUGUUAUUUUACUAUAAUUUUCGUAGCAUAAGAUAAGUACAAUAUUUUACUGUUCAAAAAUAUGUAUGCUUAAUUAUGCCUAACCUUUUGUAAAGUUAUUUACUUAAGUGAUCUAAUUUUAGAUGUUAAUUCGCAUUCUUUUUAAUCGGCAUUGUCAAAACUUAUUUGAUGAAUAUUCAUCAAUAUAGCCAAAUAGCUAUAUUCAUAUAGCCAAAGGGCUAAGAAAGUUCGUAUUAAUUUUCAAGACUCUGUAGAGAUACCAUAGUUGUGGUUAAUUUUAUGAUUUAAUUUAUUCAUAAUGAAACAGUGAUAAUAAACCAAAGAUAUCUGUAUAAACAGUUGUUUAUUCAUUAAAACCUCAUUUUAUUUACCUAAUGUGUAUUGUAAAUAUGUUUAAAAUUUGGAUGUUACUCAUUCUAUUGAAGGGGUGAAAACAAUAAAUUGAUACUUUU